GGGCUGCCAUAAUCAUGCCGGAAUUGCCAUUUUUGGAUCCGGACGAGCAACGUGUGGAGGUUUUCCUCACGCAGCUCAUGCAGAUCAAUUCAACGACCGGCAACGAAGAAGAUUUAUCAACGGCGUUAACGCAAUAUUUCACAACCACAGGAUGGCAUGUGUUACGUCAGCCGCUAAAAAGUGAUCCAAAAAGACACAAUCUACUUGUUACACGAAUUCCAUAUAAACCUCCAGGACCUCGUUACCUCAUGAAUACACAUAUGGAUACUGUUCCACCGUAUAUUCCGCCUGCAUGCGACGGUAUCAAAGUAUCUGGGCGAGGAGCAAACGAUGCCAAAGGACAGCUAGCGGCAAUGACAUUUGCUGCCCAACAGAUUGCAAAGGAGGAUCCGGUUCUUGCCGAAAACAUUGGUCUGCUGUUUGUUGUUAGCGAAGAACUUGAUCACAUCGGAAUGGUGGAAGCUAAUAGUCUUGGAGCGGUGCCAGAAUUUUUCAUGAUUGGUGAACCAACGGAGCUGAAAUUUGGUCGCUUACAGAAAGGAGCAGUAAAAGUAACUUUAAAAGUACACGGCAAAGCGGCACAUUCUGGUUAUCCACAUAUGGGUGAUAGCGCAAUAGAUAAGUUGCUCGACAUACUGCAUGAUAUUCCAGCAAUAUUCUUUCGUGUGACUACCUCUACUUCGGAUAUCCUGCAACAGCUUGAAGAAAUUGUCGAUGGUCGUGCCGAAAUUGAUCAGUCCUUCGGGAAAAAUGAGCCAAUACGUCUUACUGCGCCUCCAGCGCCAUACGAAUCAGAAGUUGUGGCAUUCAAUACAGAUUUGCCAUACUUUAUUGCUCGUAAUAAGCUCAAAGCAGCUUAUCUGUUCGGGGCCGGUUCGAUCACCAAUGCGCACUCCAAAGAUGAGCACGUGCUAGUCGAAGAUUUGAAAAAGGCUGUGGAAAUUCACAUAGAUAUUUUCAAAUACACACUGAAAGCGGUCAACAACGUUUGAAU